AGUCGCGAUGACCGGCUGCGCGGGCGCACGAGUCGAGGGCAACCACGCGCAGUAUGAAUCGUGCUGCAGUCUCGAGCGCGCGCAACACACGAGCCUCUUUGCCAAUAAUUUAAGGAAUCGCGGGCGCAAAUGCCGAGUCCCGAGUGUAAUGUGGAUGUGGAUCUAGGUGAACCGCCGCCAGAAGUACUAGAGUAUGCGCGUACGCACUGUGGCGAAGACCCCAACACGCGACUGAAGGCCAUCUAUGAACUCAGGGACAUGAUCUAUGAGAGAGGCGAAUGCACUCCGCACCGCAUGGAUGACAAGUUUUUGGUUAAGUUUCUGCGCGCGCGCAAUUUCAUACCCGCAAAAGCGCAUAGACUGAUGGUAAACUACUACCAAUUCAAAGAAAAUAACCCCGAUUUCUUUGACAACAUAUAUCCUCUGGAUCUCCAACAAAUCGGGGAAGCCAACAUUAUUGCAGUACCACCUUACCGCGAUCAAAACGACCGAAGACUGAUUAUGUUUAGAAUCGGUUGCUGGGAUCCAAAAGAAAUAUCCGUACCAGAUAUGUUCAAGGGAAUGAUACUGGCACUGGAGGUCGGUUCCUUCGAGCCACGUACUCAGAUUCUUGGCGGUGUGGCGAUUGUUGACCUAGAGGACAUCGGGACACAACACGCCUGGCAGGCAACGCCUGCUGUUGCCGCGAAAAUCGUUAAAAUGCUAGUGACCAGUUUCCCGAUGGUGACAUACGCUAUUCACAUCAUAAACCAUUCCUGGAUUUUCGACAAAAUCUACAGCAUUUUCAAGCCGUUUCUCACCACGGAUAUGCAGUCGAAAAUCUACUUUCACGGCUAUGACGUCACAUCGCUACAUAGAUACGUUCACCCUGAACACUUGCCGAAGAGAUACGGAGGUAUAUGGCAGGACUAUCCUUAUACAAUUUGGCUUGAAUGUCUAAGGAAUAAUUAUGAAUUAGCCAAAGAAAUACUGGCCAGCGGGUACAAGUUACGAGAGAAUGAAAUCAGUCCGGAACUUUUGAGACGCCUGAACGAGAAUGGAAUAAAGUUAUCGUAAGAAUAUAAAAAUAACUUAGUUUAAGAACAUUAAAAAAAUAAUAAUUUCUCAUUGAUAAAUGUACUUUAAUUAUUGUUUUUUUAAACAACAUGUGAGUAUUUUUUUUUAUGUUAGUAUACUUUUGUUUUACUUUCUUUGGCAAUUUUUGUCACUUUUCCACUGCACCAUUUUACUUUGAAACUAAUUCGUAUGUAGUUUUUCUUUAAUCAUGAUAAAUGUAAACAAGUAGAUUAGUUACUUUAGUAUACUUUAAUAUUUAAGUGAAAAGCGAUUCGUCAAAAACCUGUGAUAAAGUAUUUACAUUCAAUGUGAAUGAUUAAAACCCUGUAGACAUUACUUAAUAUAAAAAUCGUAAGACAUUUUAGAAUAAGAUUAUGGAAUAAGACUAAUUUGGUGAACAAAAUUGCCUUUAAUCAAAAGUGCUUUGUUUUCCAAACUACAAUUUACAAUAUGUUAUGUUUACACAAUUUAAU